AUGCCACUGCGUGAUAAAAUGCAAGCCAUCAUCGACUACCCCGAGCCUCUUUCUUUCAAACAGCUCAGGCAUUUUGAUGGGCUUGUCAACUUUCACCGAUGGUUCAUACCAAACUGCGCGUCGCUGAUGCAACCCCUCACCUACCUACUUUGUGGGAACAAGAAAUUCGACUUUCCUGCCGCGGCACGCGCUGCUUUUAAGUCGCUGAAAGAGGCGGUCGCCAACAUAGCUUCUAUAUCGCAUCACGAUCCGGACGCUUCAUUGUCCCUCAGUACUGACACCUCGGACUUGACAGUCGAAGCUGUUUUGCAGCAACGAGUAGCCGACACGUGGCAGCCCUUAGCGUUUUUCUCCAAACGCCUACAACCUACCGAAUCUCGCUAUAGCACCUUGGGGUAG